AGCUCUUCACACUUCUUCCCCAGCUCUAAGAAUUCUUCUGAGCUUAAUUUCAUCAUUUGCUGAAAUCAUGAGCAGCUCUGAUGAAUGGAAGCCUUUUCUAGCAAUGAUAGCUAUCGAUUUUGCUUUUGCAGUAGUGAAUAUUCUGCUCAAGAAAUCCCUUCAAGAGGGAAUGAAUCAUUUGGUUUUCAUCACUUACAGGUUGAUUACUUCUAGUAUUUUUCUGGCACCGAUCGGCUACUUUUGGGAAAGAAAUGGCAGGCCAAGGCUCACAUUUAGAAUUUUAUGUUACCUCUUUCUCAGUGCCAUUGUUGGGACAUCAGUUACACAAUAUUUUUUCCUCCUGGGAAUACAAUAUACUUCUGCUACCUUUGCUUGUGCCUUUAUCAACAUGGUUCCUGUGAUCACAUUCCUCAUGGCAUUGCCAUUUGGGUUGGAGAGUGUGGACAUAAAAUGCAACAGUGGGAGAGCAAAGAUCCUAGGAACAGUGGUGUGCAUUGGAGGAGCACUGAUGUUGACACUGUACAAAGGGAAGCCAUUGUUCAGUUUUGAUUCUCACUAUGAUUCUUCUGCAUCAUCAGCACCAAUAUCAACGAGUUCUGCGGUAAAGUUGGUUGCUUCAUCUGUGAGCCCUGGGAAAUGGACCCUUGGUGUUAUAGCUUUGAUCCUGGGAACACUGUUUUGGUCUUCAUGGUUUAUUGUGCAAUCAAAAAUAAGCAAAAGGUUCCCUUGUCAGUAUUCUAGUACAGCCAUAAUGACCUUCUUUGGGGCCAUUCAAUCUGCUGUUCUUAGCUUAGCCACUGGAAGGAACUUGUCCAUGUGGGUUCUCAAGGGAAAGAUGCAAAUCGUCACUGUUCUGUUUUCUGGAAUGGUAGGAUCAGGAUUGUGCUUCGUGGGAAUGUCAUGGUGUGUGAAGAAAAGGGGUCCAGUCUUCACUGCAGCUUUCAGCCCUCUUGUGCAGAUUAUGGCUGCCAUGAUCGAUGUCCCUCUCUUGCAUGAACAGCUUCAUCUUGGAAGUGUAUUGGGAUCCAUUCUGGUGAUGCUGGGGUUAUAUAUUCUUCUGUGGGGAAAGCACAAGGAGAUGCAGAAUAAGAAGACGAAGCUGGUCGUCGUCCAAGAAGCUGAAGAAAUCAAAGAACAAGACCCACCAAUUCAACAACAAAUCACUGUUUCCUGUGACUGACGUUGUUCUUAAUGUUCAUUGAAUUUAAUGUGUUCCAUUUCAUCAAUAUCAUAAAAACUUUGAAGCCUCCUCAUUUAGUGUUUAAAUUGAGAAUCAAUAAUGGCAACACGGUUUCAUCCGUCUGCGUCUUCCUUCUCAAUUAUUUUUUCAUAAAUAUUAUUGUUGUAAACGGA